AUGUCUGCGUCUACUCUCAAAUCCGACAAAAUCUGCUUUGAGAGCAUCAGAGUAGACAUCAUUCCCGCUCUGAUCGACCACCUCAACAAAGCCAAAGACGAUGAGAAGGACAUGGCUACUCAAAUUGAAAAGCUACGCAAAGACCUCAUUUACAUUGCGCAGACUUUCACCGGACUCAACAAUUUUGAAGAAAGCGCUUGUGAUCUUUUCAAGAUUCUCCUAAAACCGCAACACAGUCUCUUGGCUGCCCCAACACAGACUCCCAUCCAUGAGUCCAAAGCUAAGAAAUUUCUGGAGAAGCUCCAGGUGCACAGUAAGGUAAUCAUGAAACUAAAGCUCCUAAUUCCGUCUCCUGACAAAUUUCUGUUCAACAAGGACAAUCCUUUGGUUCUGGCCGACAUUGGCAAAGAGCCUGAUAGUGUGCCUGACUUACAUUUAAGUAAGGUGUUUAAGGAUAGCCCGACUCUUAAAGAAUUUCGGGUUGUUUAUAACAGUCUUAGUGUUAUUACAAAGCUCUGUUUGUUGUGUUUCGCUGCUAUUCCUGCCAAUGAGGCUAUAAAGAAGAGGGUUUUGGUACAUUGGUGGGUUGGAGAAGGGUUUGUGAACCCUCCUGUUGAUGGAGAAAAGACAGUGGAGGAAAUUGCUGAUGGUAUAUUUCAAGAGUUAACCAAGAAGGGCUGCAUUGAACCUGUUUAUAAGAAACGGAGAUUGGUUGUGCACAGUUUUAAAAUGCACCAUCUUAUUCGUUCUGCUGUAAUUGUGAUUGCCAAAGAGGUGAGAUUCUUUAAUUUUGAUAAUAAAGGUAGUCCCACAGCCAAUUUUUCAUCGCAUUCUUAUCGGGCGUGUUUGGUGUAUCGGGUGAAGGGCUCUCGUCAUCUGAUGGAGAAGGUGGCAAAUAAACCAAAUGAUUUGGAUCAAAAAAUGCUGCACACCGUAUUCAAUGUGAAUGAGUCUUAUCCAGAUUUUUCCAAUGUGGACUGGUCUAAGUUGAGGAAUCUGAAGGUUCUUCAUCUUGGAAGGUGGCACAGCAGGGCUAAGCAUCACAUUGAAGUAGAUGACAUUGAAUUCUUAAGAGGGUUGAUCCAUUUGACACAUUGA